UCUUUCCCAGAAAAGGAACUGUCGGAUCAGUAACCACACUGCGCUGUUUACGCCAGGAAGCGUAAAUAUAACCUUUCUCACACGAACAAAGAACGACUCAGCUUUGAAGGGAUUUUCACUUUGGAUUGCGCUGUUUAAUGCAUUUUUGUCUAUAGUUUAGUUUAGCCAUGGCAUUGUUUGAGAAAACGUCUCAUUCAGAAUUGUACGUGCGUAAAUUAUAAAGAGCGUGUUUUACGCACAGAUUGGAUGGAUUCAUAGUGUUAGUCCUUAUUAUUAUUAUCAUUGCUAUUAUCUGCUUGUAGGGAUCCUCCGCAGGUAUGUUUUCACUUUUUUACGGUUUUGUAAUGUUCUGCGCACUGGGCUGCCCGCACCAAGCCGGCGGUCAAGCGGACGACGGGAAGCGGUACAUCUGCCGAGCGGUGCCCCUCGUCGGCGACACCAGCUGCCCGGUGACCUUAUUACCCGAAAUCAACAACAACGGGGGACAGGAAGAGGAGCUCCGCAACACCGUCAUGCAGCUUCGAGAGACUAUCCUGCAGCAGAAAGAAACCAUUUCCAAGCAACUCGGCACCAUCAACGAGCUGACCACCAAGCUGUCCCUCUGCGCGUCAACCAGCGAUGAUCGAAAGUACGAAAAAGGGGCUCCUUGGGGCAAAGUGAAGCAAAACACAAUGGGAGACGUCCCCAGAGAUCCAAAUGACACUGUGGAGAAUCUUGGCAAAACAAUGCAGGGGCUCAAGGACCGGCUGGAGAACCUGGAGCAACAGCAGAUGCGGGCCAACAUAUCCGGCGCGUCCUUCCCCAGCGAGCUGCGUGACUUGCUGCAGCGUCGCCUGGUCGAGCUGGAGAAACAGCUGCUGAGGAAAGUCAGCAACCUGGAGGAGGAGAAGAGCAUGCUGUCCAACGCCACAGCGGCGUACCGGCUGAAGACGGAAAGUACGCUCAACGCCCUGGUGGAGAGGAUAAGUGAGCUCGAGAAAGGAGGGGAAGACUUCAAGACCCCUGAGCAGUUCAAGCUCUCCCUACCGCAGCGUACAAACUACUUGUACGGCCGCAUCAUCAAGAGCCUCCCCGAGAUGUAUGCGUUCACGCUUUGCAUGUGGAUCAAGUCCAAUGCCUCUCCGGGCAUCGGGACGCCUUUCUCCUACGGUGUGCCCGGACAAGCCAAUGAGAUUGUGCUGAUCGAAUGUGGCAAUAACCCAAUUGAGCUGCUCAUCAAUGACAAGGUUGCGCAGCUGCCGUUGGAGGUUCGUGACGGAAGGUGGCACCACAUCUGCAUUUCCUGGACCACCAGGGAUGGACAGUGGGAGGCCUAUCAGGAUGGGGAAAAGCAAGGGGCAGGAGACAACCUGGCAGCGUGGCACCCGAUUAAACCAGGAGGGGUUAUCAUCCUGGGCCAGGAGCAGGACGUUGUAGGUGGACGCUUUGAUGCCGGUCAGGCCUUCGUGGGAGAACUGAGUCAAGUCAAUAUCUGGGACCGCGUUCUGAAGCCAGCCGAGAUCCAGUCGAUGGCCAACUGCACGUCGUACUUGCCCGGUAAUGUGAUCCCAUGGCUGGUGAGCAAUGUGGAGGUGUUUGGGAGAGGAGCCUUCAAGAGGCCCUUGGAGAUGUGUCUGGAGCGUCUGCCUAAUACUUAAACGCAUCUCAUCUGCCAUUGUUGUUAAUUAGCUGCUAUUUCUGCGCAUUCAUUUCAUUUCUAAUUACUGUGAGAGUGUUUAUGGAAGCUGUGAAAAGCAACAUUGUGAGUGAGGCAUAGAACACUGGAUGUGCAAAUUAGGUAACACUCUUACGGGCUACUUGCUUACUGUUUUUGCUACCUGGUGUCAAGUCAGUUGAGUCCACGGUUCCUUUGUGUGUUACCGUCGCCCUAUUAUAACUCCUCCAUCCUCAGAAGCUUUGGACACACACACACACACACACACACACACACACACA